UAUACUAUUAAAAUUAAUCGCGGUAAUAAUACUAAAAGAUUCUCAUUAUUGCGUGCAAAAAAAAAAUCAAGAAUAUAUUUAUUGGUAUAAUUAAAUAGUAAAAGUAAAUUAAUAUUAAUUUUAUCAAUUACGUAUCAGUUGGAACAGGAACCAAGAGUUUCUAAUCAGCCUAAAAUGUUUUAGUGUACGUGUAAAAAUUAUAGAUAUUUUUCCGGUGACGCGUUUUAAGAUUUCGUGAUAAUAAUAUACGCGGCUGAUAUAUUCACCGAUACCUGACAAUUGAGUUUAAUUGAUUUACAUAAACGGGUAAAUAAACAUCGGUAAUCGAAAGUGCGGGGAAUAAAAAAUAUUUUCGAUAAAGUGCAGCCCUUCGUGGCUUAGUGAUGUUAUUAUUAUUAUUUUGAAAUAAUAAUCGUGUAAUAAUACUAAAAAUAAUUUGUUUAUUUAUUAGUGAUCUGAGAUUAAUAGUUUAAGAUAUGUACAAAGCUAUCACAUUUUUGACGUUGAUAGCCGCGUCUUCAGCCCAGUUCCUGCCCAAUGGCUGUCCAUCAGACUUUCUAGUACACCUGCUCUUGCCACAUGAGUCAGACUGCUCAAAAUACUACAGUUGUAGUAAUGGCAAAAAAAUUGAGAUGAGUUGUGGACCCGGCACACUGUUUGACGAGGAUUUGCAAGUCUGCAACUGGGCGUUUCAAGUUAAAUGUCCACAUCCACUACCAAGUUCAUCUUCAACAACAUCAACUUCAACAACAACAACAACAACACAGAGGCCUACAGACUUCCUACCCAAUGGAUGUCCUUCAGACUUCACUAUAACAUACUUGCUCCCCCACGAGACGGACUGUGACAAGUUCUACAGUUGCAGCAAUGGACAGAAAAUUUUGAUGCCGUGCUCCGCUGGAACGUGGUUCGAUUACGAUUUGCAGCGUUGCAACUACCCGCACUUGGUGAACUGUACGCCGGGGUCUACAACAACGACAUCAACUUUGGCACCAACAACACCAGUAGAUGACCCCACAGCAACACCAGAAGAGCCAGUUACUGGUACCACAACAACUACAGAAGCACCUGGUUUCCUUCCCAAUGGCUGUCCAGCAGAUUUUACAGUCGAUCUCUUAUUGCCACAUGAGUCGGAUUGUGGCAAGUUCUACAGUUGUGUCCACGGAAACAAAGUUGAAAUGAAUUGCCCGGCCGGCUUGUGGUUCGACUUCUCCUUACAGUACUGCAGUUGGCCGUUCAUGGUGACCUGUAAUGCAACCACCACAACAACAUCAACAACAACAACAACGACAACUCCAGCACCAAUUACGGUUACCGACGGGCCAACAACCACUGAGGGACCCACUACAACCACUGAGGAGCCCACAACAACAUCAACAACAACAACGACAACUCCAGAACCAAUAACGGUUACCGACGGGCCAACAACCACUGAGGGACCCACUACAACCACUGAGGAGCCCACAACAACAUCAACAACAACAACGACAACUCCAGAACCAAUAACGGUUACCGACGGCCCCACAACCACUGAGGUACCCACAACAACAACUCAAGAGCCCACAGAAUCGCCAUCAACACCAGAAGAGCCAAUAACUGUGUCCACAACAACUACAGAAGCACCUGGCUUCCUUCCCAAUGGCUGUCCAGCAGACUUUACAGUCAAUCUCUUAUUGCCACAUGAGUCGGAUUGUGGCAAGUUCUACAGUUGUGUCCAUGGAAAAAAAGUGGAAAUGAAUUGUGCUCCCGGCACUUGGUUUGAUUUCGAGUUGCAGUACUGCAGUUGGCCGUUCAUGGUGGAUUGCAACGUGUCGACAACUACAACAACUUCUACAACUACAACUCAGGUACCAAUCACGACUACUGAAGACCCAAAUACACCAACAUACUCUCCUACUACAACUGAAGUAAUUACAACCACCACUGAGCAACCCUCUACACCUACUGACGGACCCACUACACCAACUGACGGACCUACUACAACCACCACUGAGGAAGUGUCUACAACCACCACUGAGGGAACCACUACAACUGAGGAGCCCAUUACAACCACUCAGGCACCAAUAACCACCACUGAGGUACCCACUCCAACUACAACUGAGGCAACCACUACAACUGAGGAGCCCACUACAACCACCACUGAGGGAACCACUACAACUGAGGAGCCCACUACAACCACUCAAGCACCAACAACCACCACUGAGGAACCCACU